AUGAAUCCUUAUCUACUUCAAGUUUCUCCUCAAAUGAUUGAGUCUAAUUCGCAAGAGUUUCUCGGUAAAAGCUUUCUGCCGACAUUUCCUAAAUUACCUUCACCUAAGCAAAAGUUAAAAAGACUAGCAAAAAAUAAAUCAGCUAAAAGCUCAUUUUUCAAUAGAUUGUUGGUCGUCAAUAGUCAUAGCUUAGAAAAAAUUCCGAACGACGAUAACAAAGAAAAAUAUAAGCAGGACAGAAAAUGCAGAAAAGCACAUAGUUGAAUGAAAGAAACUGAAAAUUCUUAUGAAAACGAAUAUUCCAGCUUUGAUUCCAUUCACAAAAAAGAUGAUGAUAUGAUGAGUACCAAAAGUAAAAAAUCUACGCACGAUUCUAAGCAUACACAUAAAAUAAGCUCUUCUUUCGAAUACAAAAAGCGACUAAAAUCAAUAAAUUCUAGUGGUCAAUGAUUAGAGAGCAUUUCCUGCAGAAAAUCGUUAAUUCCUAUAAAAGAUUCAGGAGGCGGUUCUAGGCUUUCGUUGAUGCCAGUGCUGUCAGAAUCUAAACACUUACGGUCAAGGUUUAUUAAAUCAUAUUCAAGAAGUAGAUUUAUGAGCUUCAAAUUGUAA